AUGAGUGCAGAAGCAAGUGGCAGUAUGGACAACAGCAGUUCCAAGCCGAUGGUGGAUAACAAUGUCGGAUUUCGCCCACAGAUCAACAUGGAGGUCACCCCUCCUCGCCCCGAAGACCUGCAGAAGAGCUAUGCGACCAUCGUGAGCGACUACGCUGGCACUAACGACUGGUAUGGUGGAAUGAUCAAUACGCUCGGCACCUGCAUCGGCGGCUUGGGCGCUAUCCCCUGCUGCAUCUGCUGUCCGAACCCGUAUAAGAGCGUCAGCCAGGGCAACGUCGGCCUCGUCACCAAGUUUGGUCGUUUUUACAAGGCCGUCGACCCGGGCCUGGUCAAGAUCAACCCACUUAGCGAGCACCUGGUCCAGGUAGACGUCAAGAUCCAGACGGUCGAGGUGCCUAAGCAGGUCUGCAUGACCAAGGACAACGUCACCGUGCACCUGACCUCGGUCAUCUACUACCACAUUGUCAGCCCCCACAAGGCCGCCUUUGGCAUCAACAACGUGCGCCAGGCCCUCAUCGAGCGCACGCAGACGACGCUGCGCCACGUUGUCGGCGCCCGCAUCGUACAGGACGUCAUUGAGCGGCGCGAGGAGAUUGCGCAGUCCAUCGGAGAGAUCAUCGAGGACGUGGCCGCUGGCUGGGGUGUCCAGGUCGAGAGCAUGCUCAUAAAGGACAUCAUCUUCAGCCAGGAGCUGCAGGAGUCGCUCUCCAUGGCUGCCCAGAGCAAGCGUAUCGGAGAAUCCAAGAUUAUUGCCGCCAAAGCCGAGGUCGAGUCCGCCAAAUUGAUGCGCCAGGCUGCCGAUAUCCUGUCGUCGGCUCCCGCCAUGCAGAUCCGCUACCUCGAGGCCAUGCAGGCUAUGGCUAAGACCGCCAAUAGCAAGGUCAUCUUCCUGCCAGCCGCGAACCAGACGAUGCCCGGGUCAUCGGCCUUUGAUACGGCCAUCAAGCAGGCGAACAGCGAGCCCGGAGAGCCGAGCAGCUUCCAAGAGUUUGGAGGUCAGGACCACAGUUUCCAACAGGCUAUCAACGCUCGGGUGGUCGAGAGCAUCUGA